AUGGCUCAACCAACUGGAAGUCGAGUGACUAUUGCGUACACCACUACCAGUGGCAUUGUGGAAGCAUUUGAAGUAGGCCUUGACAAUGGCACCCUCCACAAACUACUCUUUUCACUUCAACUGGAAGUGGAGAAUCCCACCACAAAGACAGUGGCUCCUUGUGCAGCAAACUCAGUUGCAAUUUUGCCUGAUCACAUUGCAGUGACAGGUGAUGACGGCAGCCUCCGAUUGGCCAAUUUGCAGGGUGUUUGGAUCACCAAAGCAAUUCGACACUUUGCUGCAGCUGUCAAAGUCAUCAGUCUGCCUAAACAAAAUUGUCUGCUAACCUUGGGUGCUGACCAUCGGUUGCUGCUAUGGCAAGUUGGGGAAGGAGGUGAAGUCUUCGUUCUGUCCGAGACAACAUUGACGGGACUGGGUGAUCCUCAGAACAUGUCUCUCCUCCCCACCAACAAGGCAGAGAAGGCAUAUUUAGUGAUGGUUUGUGGUUCUGGACUUCAACUGUGUUAUUUCAAAUUUGACAAAUAA